AUGGCGAAGGCCGGGCGCAGGAGUGUCACCCAGGGGGAUGGCGCCACUGGUCCAGAGAGGCGGCAGCUGCAAGGCGAAGCGGCGAGAACGCCGGAAACGCUCCGAGACGGAGGGAAGGGACGCGGCUGGGCUGUCGUGGGUGCCAACAUGGACAGGCAGAGGCUGGGGUGGCUCUCUCUGCUCUGGGCCUUGGCCCUCCCAGGCACCCUGGCUGCGAACAUGGAGGAGACCCUCAUUAAACAUCUCUUCAAGGAGAAAGGCUACGACAAGAAUCUGCGGCCAGUGGCUUCCCAGGACGAGAGCAUCACCAUCUUUCUGGCCCUGACCCUCUCCAACCUCGUGUCCCUGAAAGAGGCAGAUGAAACGCUCACCACCUGCGUGUGGAUUGAACACGGAUGGACUGACUACAGGCUGCAGUGGAACAAGACAGAAUUUGGAGGGAUCGAUAUCCUCCGCCUCCCGGCAGACAUGGUAUGGCUGCCUGAAAUUGUCCUGGAGAACAACAACGACGGUGAAUUCCAAAUCACCUACAGUUGCAACAUUCUGCUCUCCGACAACGGCUACGUCUACUGGCUCCCACCCGCCAUCUUCCGCAGCGCCUGCCCCAUCAACGUCAACUUCUUUCCCUUCGACUGGCAGAAUUGCACCCUGAAGUUCAACUCACUGAUGUACAAUGCAAAAGAGAUCACUAUGGAGCUCAUGGUAAAAGAGGACGAUGAGACCAAGAAAUCUUACAUGGUGGAAUGGAUCAUCAUUGACCCCGAGGGCUUCACUGAGAACGGCGAAUGGGAGAUCGUCCACCGGCCUGCCCGUAAAAACAUCGACCCGACCUUCCCUCCUGAGAGCAACAAGCACCAGGACAUCACCUUCUACCUCAUCAUCAAGCGCAAGCCCCUCUUCUACAUCAUCAACAUAGUCACGCCCUGCGUCCUCAUCGCCUUCAUGACCAUCCUGGUCUUCUACCUGCCGGCAGACAGUGGCGAAAAGGUGACCCUGGCCAUCUCUGUGCUGCUGGCCCAGUCUGUCUUCCUGCUGCUGAUCUCUCAGCGCCUGCCGGCCACCUCCCUCGCCAUCCCUCUCAUUGGCAAGUAUCUGCUCUUCAUCAUGUUGCUGGUGACUGCCGUCGUGGUGGCCUGCGUCGUCGAGCUGAACAUCCACUUCCGCACCCCCAGCACCCACAUCCUGUCUGACUGGACCAAAGAGCUCUUCCUCGAGACCCUGCCGCGCCUCCUGCGGAUGACCCAGCCUGCCGAGGGCGACGAGUCGAAGGAGGGCCUGCUGAUCCGGCGCAGCAGCUCCGUCGGCUACAUCAUGAAGGCCGAGGAAUACUUCACGGUCAAGUCCCGCAGCGAGCUGAUGUUCGAAAAGCAGUCGGAGAGGCACGGGUUGGCCAGCCGGGUCACCCCUGCAAGGCCAGACCCCCACGGCGUGGGGAGCACGCAGGAGCAGUUCUACAACGAGAUCAAGCCAGCGAUCGCCGGGGCCAAUUUCAUCGUGAAGCACACGCGAGACAAGAACGACUACAACGAGGAAAAGGACAGCUGGAACCGAAUUGCUCGCACGGUGGACCGCCUCUGCCUCUUCCUGAUUGCGCCCAUCUUGAGCCUGGGGACCCUGUGGAUCUUCUUGAUGGGGUCCUACAACUACCCCCCGCCCUUGCCCUUUGCGGGGGAGCCUUUCGACUUCCGGGAAGAGCACAAGCACUUUGUCUAG